GUAUCUGUUUGCUGCAUGAAUGUAGUCUUUCUGCUGUAUGAGCUUCCUGUUGUGUUGGGGGUUAAUGCCUGCGCUAUACAAUGCUGACUAUGCUUUUUAUCAAGAGUGUGGUUUAGUUCCUCAUUCUCCUAUUGAGAACUCCUCCCAGUGACUACUGUACAGAUACACGAUCUGCUUCCUGAACUUAUUCCCUGCAUCGUGAUGAAAAAAUAGGAGCUCAGUCUCAUCAAGAAGUAAGAGCGACCCGGUGAUCAGGAUGUGUCCACUCAACGGUUUCCCCCUGUACUCCUUCCUACUGAUCUCAGCACUCACCCACAUCCACGUGUUGGGAAAGAAUGACAGGCCAAUAAUAGGAAUCAUCACUCAGGAGGUCUCUGAUGACGUUUUCUUCCAGUACGGUAAAACCUAUAUUGCAGAUUCCUAUGUCAAGUUCCUUGAGUCAGCCGGUUGCAGAGUUGUUCCCAUCCGGUUAAAUUUGACCGAAGAAGAAUAUGUACAUCUCUUCCAUUCCAUCAAUGGUGUCCUGUUACCUGGGGGAGCAGUAAAUCUCCUGUCCUCCAGUUUUUCUCGGACAGCGGGAAUAUUUUAUAAACUAGCUAUACAGGCCAACUCUGAUGGUGUUUAUUUCCCUGUCUGGGGGACGUGUAUGGGUUUCCAGGUCCUCACAGCCCUGACGUCUGGGGAGAAUUUACUAAGUUGCACGUCCGCUGAGAACAUAACUCUUCCGCUCACCCUCUCUGAUGACAUCUCUUCCAGCAGAAUGUUCCGCCAUGCUCCCAUGGAAUUACUGCACGCAAUCUCCCGAGAGAACAUAACUGCAAAUUUUCAUCAUUUUGGUAUUACCCCUGAGACCUUCCAAGCCAACAAGAAGCUGUCUACUUUUUACCGGAUACUGUCAACAAACCGAGAUAUAAAUGGUGUGGAAUUUAUAUCAACCAUCGAGGCUCGUGAUUAUCCAAUCUAUGGUGUGCAGUGGCAUCCAGAAGUGAAUCGGUUCCAAUGGCGUAGUGACUUUGCUUACCCACAUUCUGUAAAUGCAGUCUGGAUAUCACAGUAUAUCGCCAAUUUCUUUGUAAAUGAAGGUAAUUUUAAGGAAUCUUACCAACCAAACACCAAUAACAGUGUUUUCUAAAUA